AUGGCUGCCGAGCCCCGGGGAGCCGGUGAUCUGCCUAUGGGCUUUAUGGAAAGUGGAGGUCCUGCAGAGCCUCUGAGGGCCAGAAUGGAGGCCCCUGUUAAAACUCCUCCGAGCUGCUCGGGACCAAGUGUUGUGGAAGGGUGCUUUUGGUUUUGUUCUUUUGUUCUGUGUUGUGUCAUUUCUCUUUCCUGUCUCUCUGUCUCUCAGGUUGCCAUUUGUGCUGACGUGAGGGAAGUUCUGCUAUCAGAUGGGAACGAGAAGUCCAUUCAGAAUGUUCGAGGGCUGGCCGAAAGAAACAGGCAAGCUGGAAAGUUUGGGUCAACACAGGUAUCUGCCAGGGUGGUGAGGUGGGACUCGGAGUCAGACAUUUCGGCACUAGAGGGUCACUUUGACAUUGUCAUGUGUGCAGACUGUUUGUUUCUCGACCAGUACAGAGCCAGCCUGGUUGAUGCUAUAAGGAGAUUACUGCGACCCAACGGCAUGGCGUUGGUGUUUGCUCCACUGCGAGGUGAAACUCUGAGACUGUUUUGUCAACUGGCCCAGCAGGCCGGACUCUGUGCCUCUCAACACCAGCAGUAUGAUGCUCAGGUCUGGGAUGUUCACUUAAAGAUGCUGACAGAGGGAAAAGACGCCUACGAUGAGAACAUCCACUAUCCUCUCCUCAUCACCUUGACCAAAGGACCUCAACCUGUCAGCCACACUCAGUAAACCCAAACAAGCUCUGCACAUUACCACUCCAUAUAUUUUUUGAUAUUUGAGCUGGAACGAUGCUACAGAGUCAUGUCACCAA